AUGUCCGCGACGCUGGCGGAUCCGUAUAGAGACUAUGCAAUUGAUUACGCUCAACAUGCCCACUGCAAACCGGAGGAGCAGGAAGGCACCCUCGUCUAUCAGACGCACCCGCCACAUCUUCAACAUCCCAAGCAGGCAGAAUCUCCCUUCCAGCAGAGGAGCUCGCACAACUCGGCAUUUGAGCAACAUCAUGCAAAUGCGACCGUCCUUCCCGCCGCCAGUCACCAGCCCUCCGUGCAUGAUAUCUCGCAAUCCGUCGUUCUCACGCCGACGCAAAUGCUGCCUCCGCGGCAGUUACCCGUCCACUAUACGACGCCUUCGUCCAGCUUCGAGCUGUCUUCGGUUCAACAGCAGCAUCAGCAGCAACACCAGCACCAGCAACAUCAGCGAGGCAAAAAGCGACUGCAUUCCGAGACGGAAGAUGGUAGUGGCGGCGGCGGCGGAAGCGGAGGCGACGGAGACGCCGAGCAUCAUGCGAUCAGGCCACAGAUGUCCGUUCUCGCCCCCGAUGCCACCCCGGUCGAGAACCCGCAUUCGCCAGAGAUGCUAUUUUCCGUGCACGGCGCCGAAUCUGCCCAUCGCCAUGCGCACCCGCACCACCACCAUCAACACCAAUUGGCCGCAGCUGCCGCGGCGGCGGCGGCGACUGGCGGGCACGAUUUCGUCGGACCCCCGGACUCGGUGGCCCUGCCACAGCAGCACCAUCAUCAUCGACUGCCACCGCACGCCUCGCUGCGCGACUCGCAGCGUCACGGUAUGAACGUGGAACCGUCGCCGGUGCCGACGGGUCCGCCCAGCGUGGUGGGCCAGCCCGGCAUGCCCGAUCCGGCGCCGCGGCCGCGCGGACCGAAAUUGAAAUUCACGCCCGAGGAAGACGCCCUGCUGGUGGAGCUGAAGGAGAAUAAGAACCUGACGUGGAAGCAAAUCGCGGAUUUUUUUCCCGGUCGAACGAGUGGAACGUUGCAGGUGCGGUACUGUACAAAGUUGAAGGCGAAGGAUGUGGCAUGGAGUGACGAGAUGGUCCAACGGCUCCACCGCGCCAUGCAAGAGUACGAGAACGAUCGAUGGCGCAUCAUCGCGGGCAAAGUAGGCAACGGGUUCACGCCGGCGGCGUGUCGAGAAAAGGCGACUCAACUCGAAUAG